AUGAAGUGGCUUGGGCUCCUUGGGCUGGUGGCCUUCUCAGAGUGCAUAGUCAUAAUCCCGCUGACAAAGAUGAAGACCAUGCAAGACACUCUCAAAAAAAAAAACGUGUUGAAAAAUUUCCUGGAGAAACACCCUUACAGACUGUCCCAGAAUUCCGCCAAUGACCCAAAAUUCACUUCUCACCCCUUGAAAAACAUGCAGGAUUUCUUCUACACUGGAAACAUCACCAUUGGAACACCUCCUCAAGAGUUCCGGGUCAUCUUUGACACUGGCUCAUCUGUCACAUGGGUUGCCUCAGUCUACUGUCACAGUCCAAGCUGCUCUGCAAUGAUUCGCUUCAACCCUGAGGCAUCCAGUACCUUCCACCCCUCAAACCAGUCUAUCAACCUCCCCUAUGGCCUUGCAUGGAUGAAGGGAGUUCUUGGCUAUGACACCGUUCGGAUUGGGAACCUUGUCAUCAUGAACCAGACAUUUGGCCUGGCCAAGGAGUACGAAAGACUCAUGGUAUCCAAACCUGUUGAUGGCAUCCUGGGCUUGGGCUUCCCUAAGUUAGCUAAAGGAACCAUCCCCAUCUUGGACAACCUGAAGAAACAAGGAGUCACUUCUGAGCCUGUCUUUGCCUUCUACUUGACCACCCAGAAAGAGAGCGGCAGCGUGGUGAUGUUUGGUGGGGUGGACCACUCCUACCACAAGGGAGAGCUCAACUGGGUACCAGUGUCAAAACCCGGCUUCUGGCAGAUCGCCAUGGACCGCAUCUCCAUUAACGGGACGGUGGUUGCUUGUUCCUGCGGAUGUCAGGCCCUUGUGGACACCGGGACGACGAUGCUGAUGGGCCCAAGUGAUGCAGUCACCAAAAUCGACAGGUUCCUUCAGCCCAAGCCCAGUGAGGAUAGCAAGAUUCCAUGUAAUCUCACCAGUACGUUGCCUCCUAUCAUCUUCACCAUCAAUGGAAUUGACUACCCUGUGCCUGCUCAAGCUUACAUGGAGAAGGCUUCUGAGCACGUCUGCUUUACCCACAUUCUAGGAAACCCAGAAGGCAUUAAAGGGUCAGAGACCUGGGUCCUGGGUGAUAUCUUCCUGAGGUUGUAUUUCUCUGUUUUCGAUUGGAAAAACAACAGGAUUGGCCUGGCUCCUGCAGUGUAA